AUAUUGACAUCUGGUGACACUUCCUGUAAAACAGACUGGAGGUCAGCCGGUAACAGUUCAGUGAGGUUGAUGUCACCAGUGUGGAGUUGGUAAGAGCUUCCUGCUGCAAUCAGACUCAACCGGCCUCAGCUGUUACUUUGACAACCAGGUGAUCAGUUCACCUGGUUGCAGAGGGAAAGGUUUUCUCUACAGAGACACACAAGAGACAGUUUCUGCUGCUUCAACAUGAAAACUGCUGCUUUCUUCAUCGGGUGAGUCCUACGUAUCCAACCUGGACAGGUAAAACAGACCUCACCACAUGGACAGGUACAACAGACCUCACCACAUGGACAGGUACAACAGACCUCACCACAUGGACAGGUACAACAGACCUCACCACAUGGACAGGAACAACAGACCUCACCACAUGGACAGGAACAACAGACCUCACCACAUGGACAGGUACAACAGACCUCACCACAUGGACAGGUACAACAGACCUCACCACAUGGACAGGAACAACAGACCUCACCACAUGGACAGGAACAACAGACCUCACCACAUGGACAGGAACAACAGACCUCACCACAUGGACAGGUACAACAGACCUCACCACAUGGACAGGUACAACAGACCUCACCACAUGGACAGGUGGAAUACAAACGACACUACUUUUCCAGACUCAUUAUCUGCUGCAAGUUCACAGAAGAAAUUACAGCUGAAGAUCAAAUGGAAGGUUCUGCGGAUGCUGUUGUUCAGUCGGAGUGUCGGGAGCGUUACCUGUGGAUCCACGUGACCUCACUACAGACACCUCGCUUCGAGGCUGUAGAUGGAAACGGCGUGCACUCAAUCAGUGAGCAUGUUGCCUCACGCUGUGGUUACACCAUCAGCACCUUCAAGAUGGACGGCUUCACCACCUUCAGAGCUUCAUACUACUCUUGCUUCACCCACAACCAGGAUGACGAGGUGUUCACCUUCAGCUUUAAUGUGAUAGUGAGUGAUUCUGGUGGAAUGUUGAUCAGCCGACCUGUUUCUGCCGUCUGUGCUGGUCUGAUCUGGACUCACAGAGAGAUCAUAUGUGAGGAGGACUACAUGGAGGUGAACGUGAACAGAGAGCCUUCAUGUGGAGGUCAGCGGGGGGACAGUGGACAGGUGUGGCAGGCCGCCUUCUCUCAGUCAGGUCUGUUGAACUCCACCUGGCCGACGGUGCAGCCUGACAGAACCACUCUGCUGGACCCCACAUGUGGACCCAAACAGACCGAUGGCUCCAGAGUCCUGUUUGAGUUCAAGAUGGACUCCUGUGGGACCAGACGCAUGGUCGGGGAGACGUACAUGGUUUAUGAGAACGAGAUCCUUCACGACGGACAGCUAGUUGCAGAUGGACCAAACUUCAUCUCCAGAGAAUCUCAAUUCAAGUUGACAGUGAGGUGCUUCUACCCCCUUAGUGGAGUGAACAGACUAUCUGUGGACAGGAUCUUCAGUUCAGAGACUCCUGGAUUUGGUUCUGUCAAAGUCUUGGAGAGCCUUAAAGCAGAUUCAUUAAAUCAAUUCCCUGGCAAAGACUGUUCGCAUCAGAAAACUGGAAAUGCUGUCAACAUACCAACUAACCAGGUCUACCAAAUGCACCAAAUCACAGCGGAGGGGGGAGUCCUGGCUCACCAAAGUAUCAGUCCUCGGCCCAAACCUGGACCCAGUCACUUUAUCACAGUACCCAGAGGACACAACAAGCUGCUCCACUCUUCCCAAAACUUCAACAUCUUUCCGAACCUUAAUCUCUCGCCUCCUCCUGAGGGUCAAACCUCCCAUAUCAAGACUGUCCCACUGCAGGUUUUGUCUCCUGCUGGUCAUUUCAUGUCCCAGAAACCUGACCAACAGGAAAAUCCAGGACUAACUGAUGACAACCCAGCCUUGGACUUGAGUUCAUCCAGCAGGAUUCCUGAUUCUCCAACAGUGGAACAGUUUGAAAGUGACUGGGGAAGCUUCGGUCAGACUCUGACACUUCAGGGUCUCAAUAGUUGAGAUCAUUUUUGGCCCCCUGGCCUAACAUGGGAACAGAACACUCUUGGCCAAAAUGGUAUCAUUAAGACAAAUCGAGACCCGCAGAGUCUUAACAUUUAUCCUCCUCCCGUCGUUCAAGAACCGACCCAGCAACAUGAGGCCAGUCUGGAUUUGAGCCUUUACAGGUCCUCAGGUGUUGGGAUUGAAAUGGCCAACAAUCAGGAGACACCUGGAGACCCGCCUCAGAGUCAAAAUGAUCCUUCUCAAACCUCUCAGUCUAACCUAGUCCUUCAACCAACAUCUCAGUCCAGCCAACACCACAUUGGUAGGAGAGAACAACUCCUGUCUGGCAGAGACAAGAAAUAUGUCCCGGCUAAUACCAAAGGCAUCGCAUCCAAAAAUACUGCGCCUGCCUUGUCUGGAGACCCACAGGAGUCUGUCAGCACUGAACCCACAUCUACUGCAACCAGCCAAGUUACCCAAAACCUGGGAAGACCAGGUACCAUUGAAAGGAGGAAUAUUGAGACUGUAAAGUCCAGAAUGAGGACCCUAAGAGUCAAACCUCUGAGCAAAUUAGUUUCUUCUGGACAUCAGCUCAACCAGAAACCAGUUAUCCAACAAGCAAACUCACAACUCUCUAAUCCCUCCCAGUAUGCUUCUGGUCUGACAGCUGAUGGGAACCACUGGAUGUCCCAACAGCUUCCUGAACACAGAGGUUUAGACAUAAGAGAGCAACAUGUGCCAGAGAGAACAGGUUUCUCAACACUGAGGCAGGAAAUGGAUGUUCAUGGUUUCCAGGUCAAAUCAGAUCCAUCUGCAGUGAUCCACUUCUCAGAUCUGGCCCCAAUCGAGCAAGACCACCAACAGAAACUGGUCCAUUCAUCCCAAAACCAGCAGGGACCCCAGCAGAAACUGGUCCAUCUGUACCCAAACCAAAAACUGGUCCAAUCAGUGGCUGAGACAGGAAAAGAUGGAUACCAGGAAGCUCUUCUGAGAAAUGUCCCUCAACCAACAGGGACAUCUAACAUCAGAGUAAGGCUUGUUCCCAGUCUCCCAGGAAGACGUCAAACCCAUGAUGAACCCAAAGUCCAGAACCCCACCACUCUGUUUGACACCAGGGGAGCAACCAGCAGGACAUCCUACCUCGGCAUCGCUACACAGAACAUCCCAAAAACUCUUGUGGACAUUGGAGAACAUGAACCCAACAAUUCCAACAGUAACAAGGACCUUAAUCCCACUGCAGGGGAAGCUGGGUUUACUGGAUCCCGCACAGGUCCUUAUGGUUCUGGUGUUUCCGGUUCAGACUUGAAGAUGCACAGGAAGUCUGACUGCGGAGGUCAGCAUAGCGCUAGUGUUCACCAAGGCAUCAUGAGAGCAGGUAAACCGAUCAGCUGAACAGAAACCAACGGUUCUGAUCAAGCACUGUCUGCAAAUUCAAC